CUACAUGCUCCGAAUAACUUGUUUGUUGCUGUUGCAUCGCGGUAGCAAGAGGAGUAUUAUGACUCUGUGACGUCAUAAAUAAUACUGCUUUAGCAUUAUAUUAUUUCUUAAAUUAACAGUUUAACUAGCAGUAAAUUGUUGCUUUUAAGCUACAGUUAUAAUAAAAUGAGAACAUUUGUCUGCUAAUUAUAUGAACUAAACGCGUACAGUGUAAAGGUAUAGUACGCGCCAAUAUGGCACGUGGUAGAUGUACCUCUACAUGUCCUUGGUGUUAAUGCUGACUAUGGGGAAGAAUUUGUGUCUGAAAUUAUUGAUUUUGACAUUAAGAAGAUACUUUAUUCCUGUUCAGAGGAUAGUUACACAAGUUAAAUCGUUUCACACUUCAAAAGCAUUAGAGUCUGACCUAUUUCAUUAGGAUCAGUAUUUACUAUGUUUAUUCUAGGAUGGCAGAAACACAGGCAGCCAUAGGAAAUUCUUUGUCAGGGAAUCAAGAAAAUACAGAAGUAGUGGUGAAAAAAGAAAAACAAGAUGAUUCUUUCAAGUCUCAGAAUGACGGCAAGGACAAAAAAACUUUUGGACACCAUAAUUUAUCUUUACCACCAUCUUAUCUACCUAUUUCAAACACCUCUCAAAAUAACAUUGAGCAACAGCUAAAGUCUGCAAACAGUGUUCGUGUACAAAACCAAGUGCAACUAGAGAGCAAAGAACCUGUUGCACCUCCCUUAGAUAUUUGUAGCAUUCAGGGAGUUUUUGGGUGGACAACAAUUGGGGGUGUUCAUCUACCCUUCCUUUUACGAGGAGAAGAGAAAUUCAUUGCCGUAAGAAUGGUUGAAGCAAAAGUAGUGAGCAAAUAUUCUAGAGUUUUGCCAUGGGUAGUUUUUACCUGUACAAAUAUUAAAAGUUAUUUCAUAACUGAAAAUGAGGCCAGACUUCUUAAUGAAAUAAAUGGAUUUCAUUGUGCUUUUCAAUUUGGACAAAAGACGUUCACAUCUAAAGAUGUUGUUGUUUGUUUAUCAGAAAUACUAUGUUUUCACGAGUUUCUUGAGACUUGUCGCAGCAAGUUAUUUCCUGUUUCUGGUGAUAGGCUUUUGGCUAAGAAAUGUGGUUUGAUAAUGAUGAAUAACAUUGUUUUACCCUACAUUGAGAAAAAUGGAUCAAAGUAUGUGCCAUUUACUAUGCUACCAAAUGGUGUACUAGCUGAUGCAUCUCGAAAUGUAAAUGACUGGGACCUAGCCUAUCUUUGCUUUUUGUGUCAUGUUGCUCAGCUUAACAAGACCAAGUUAAAGAAAGGGACCUACUUAGUCAGUGUGGAUAAAUUAUUUUUUUCAUCUGGUCAGGUACCAGUAAUGCAAGAAUGGUGGCCAAAAACACCCUUACUUCAUGUAAACAAUGGACAAAGUCAAGUAUCUGGCCACAUAUCUCCUUUACCUUCCCCUGAUAGUAUUCAAAGAAUUUGGAAUGUGUCUGUAUUUCCAGAUCAGGUUGCUAGACAAACAAUAAACACAUACACAGAUCAAAAUGAAAUUCAACAUUUGCAAGCACAGACAUCUAAUAGCACAAAAGAUGGUUUAGAAGAAAAUAGACAUUUAUCCCCCUUUUACAUUGGUCAUCAUAAUGCACCAAUGAGACCUACAACUUCUCCAAAAGUGAAUGGGGCAGUACAUGAUGGCUACCAGGUUGUUGACAAUAGAGGACAACCAAUUCCAACUACAACUGUUUUGAGAGGACAUAUGCCAGCAUUACCAGCAAGUGGUUAUCUUGUUCCUUCCCCAGGAAGCUUGAUGAGUCACUUAGAUUCUCCUUCUUUAUCGAGUACUUCAACAAAUCAUGAAAGAUUAGUAUUUCCACCUCUAAGCACUUCAUCAGGUAAUUACCCGGUGAGCAGUUCACACAUGUUGUUGAACCUGCAUAAUCAUCAUUUAGGAGAUCAUCAAGUUUUCUCCUCACAGCAAGUUACUCCAAAUCUCCUUCAGCAGAAUAUGUUUGGAAACAUAGCAAAAGGAACUAAUCAUUCUCCAGUAUUUCAACAGAGACAACAAGACACUUUGCCAGAACCACCUCCUUUAAUUCUUGAUGUAAAUUGCCAAUUAAAUGGUGAAGGUAAUUCCUUAAGGGGAAGUCAUUCAGUUAGAAAUGCAAGUGUACCAAACAGUGCUUUAAGACAUGCACUUCAGACUUCUCCACUUUCUUCAGUUUCAGAAGCAACCAACAUGUUACUCUCCAAUAUUAGAGAAGGAGAAACAAUGAACAGUCUUCCAGAAGCAGAAGCAAAGACUCUAAGGAGUCCCACUUUGUUUGGAUCAAACAUGCCUCCACCACAUUACCCAACUCCUCCACAGUCUACACCAGCACAUCCAGGUAUUUCAUCCCCACUGCCUCUUGCACAUCAUCUUAAUAGAGCAACAACAGGAAAUGCAGCAGGACUGGUAAUUGACCUAUGCAGCCCUCCCCCUUCACCAAUAACUAGAGGAAUAUCAGCUAAUCAUACAAAUGGAUCAUUAGCAUCAGAAUCUUGUGGAAUAUCUCUUGAUACAGACAUACUACAAUCAACGCAGCCUACUGAUAUUUCACCUUUUUCAUAUCAAGAAGCUUUUCUAGAAGGAAGGAAACUGCCAGCUGUGAACUUAGAUAUUUAUCAAAAUGAUAAAAAUCUAGCAACAAGUGUAUCUGAAAUGGUACACCAACUAUUUCCAAGUCUCUCAGCAAUAUCAUGUCAGUUUGUGCUUCAAAAUGUUCUUGGAGUCACAUUGUAUGAGUACAAUAGACUGCAGAAAGAUCUAAUGCUGAAACAUCAGGUGGAUAUUCCUUCUGAUGACAAGUUGGUAACCAUUAAGGAUUUGGAAUCCUAUAUGCCUCAGCUGAAGUACAUGUUUGAAAGGGGAGGGCAACCAACUUCUGAACCAUCCAAGCAUGAGGAUGCUCCUCCUGCCAAGCAUCACUGUUUUGAUAAUACAAUAAAAAGCUAGCUAGGAGAACUGUGUAAAUAGUUGUACAUAUAUAAAUGUAUAUAUACAUAUAUAUUUGUCUGUGUAUAUGUUGCCAGUCGCAUGUACGGUUGUUAAGUGGGUUUUAAUAUAAACCUUACUAUCGUGGUAGAUAGUGCUACUGCAUUGAAAAUUAUUAAAAUAAACAUGGUUAUAUUAUUUAAAAACACAUUAAUAACAACAGAAAAUAGCACGUUAAAAUAACAGAUAAAGAAAUAAACUACACUGCAAAAUAUUAAUAAUGAAUGAAAAAUGUGUUACUGUUGUAAAGAAAUGAGAGAAAGAAAUAAACAGUUAAGUUUUAUUUA